UGUGAGACCGUGAUCUGUGCCUUCCAUCAAAUGCACUGCACCUCACUCUAACUACUUCGACUGUUGUUUUCACCUGCACACGACUUUAUGACCUUGUCUCACGACCGAUAUUUGAACAAAAUUCAAACACGGGACAAUUCAGUCUCGAUCAAUGUCGUGCCAACCCUUCGAGUUUUCGGUACAGAACGAUCCUUGAACAUUUCUUUGCAUACCCGCAACCUUCAACUUGACAUCUACGAGAUUGCAUUGUCUCAUUCAAGUCUUAGACCUGGGCGACUCGACUCGACUCAAAUCAAUUCUGAUCGACCUAUUUUCGAUAGGUUUAAGUUCCAGUUCAGUUCAGUCCGCAUUUUGGCGCUUAUUUUCGAGUCUCCCUUGAUAAGACUCUCCCUUGGGUUCUCUCUGGAAUAUCGACUUGGCCGUAACUGUUCUAUAACACCAGGUCACGGCCCUCUCCCUUUCUUCAGCUUGCUCUUGGACUUCUCACCUGAGCUAUUGGGUCUGGUCUUAGGUGUGCUCGACCCCCGGCAUCAGCUUUGCUCCCUUGCAUUUGCUACUCAUCCAACCAACCUGCUGGGGUCUUACUUACAGCCAAGCUUCUAUUUACACGAGAAGACCACCUUGUCGACACCAGCCAGUCAAACUGGUAGUUGGUUCGAGGUCUUUAAAACUUGCAUCAUUCUCGUUGUUGGCUCCUUUGUUCAAUUCACAGAAUAGCGCCAUGUUGCCAUCCAAAUUUGGGAGUGGGCGGCAGAAGCAGCCUGAACGCCGAACCAGUUUACGACUUGAUCCCAGUAUAGUGGCUUUGCGAUACGAGAAGACCAUACCUGCAGAACCUCCGAUUCUCAUUGUCUCACGAGACCCUACUCGGCUCUCACGUCGUCCUUCUUCUUCUUCGGCAUCAUCUCAUAGCUCCCGCCACCGUCCUAUUGUGAUUGUACCUCCUGGUAUUGUCGCACCGCCUGCUGAGGAGCACCCGGCCCUCCGAGGCUCAUCAUCGUCGUCAUCAUCAUCACCACCAACUCUCAGGACUUCUCCAGUAUCAGUGGAAGAGUGGAAGCGUGAUUCUGGGGUUGCUAGAAACAAGUCUACUUCAACAAUUCACGAAGAAGAAGACGAAGAUGGCCACUCGGAACCCGAAUGCAAAAACAAGAUUCCUGCAGUGGAAUCAAACGUAUCAUCACUGGUAUCGUCCGUCAUGCCGCUGCCCAGUAUGACAACGCAGCGAGACGACGAUCCAUUUGUGGACGAGAAUAGCAUCUUUGAGCCGCUAACAUCAAUACCUACCGAUCCCUUUUGUGUCGUGUACAACGCUCAAUGCACCACGGCGCCCCCUCCACCUCAGGUGUCCCACUCCAAUACACCGUUACCAUCACCUGCACCUGCAACACCUACUCGACCAAGUAGGACGACUGCUUCCACUGUUCCUUUCUCAAUUCCUUACUCAGAGUGCCUUGCAGGCAAAGUUCCCUCCUCCCCAACAUGCCCCCUUCUAUCAAGUUCUCGCUCUCACAAAUCUCCUUGUUCCUCAACCCCAUCGUCUCCUCGUACUUCUUGUUCUUCAUCUCCCCCCACAAUCUCCAAGGGCUUAUCAAGAUCGGGGUCCUCUCGGUUCGGUACAUUUUCGCAAAUGUUCAACAGUCCAAUUCAACCCUUGUGGCGGGGCACCGCUAGCACCGCCAAUUCCAGCGCAUCUAGUACCCCAACCGUCAGUGCACAAUCCACUAUUACCACAGCACUUGGCGCUACCGUCAACGCUCCAGCCACUGAUGCCGAUACGGCGAUUGAUUUGGCUGAGUCUGGGUCGCUUCCGUCGGAUAAGGAACAGGGCUCUUCCCGUUUUUGGAACAGGUCCCGUUCUGCCUCCACAACCUCGAAUAACAGCACUAGCACUGUUACAUUGGCGGGCACCACAUCCAUUUCAUCUAAUAACGAUCUCCCCUUUGUUCCCCUCGACGUGUCUAUCCCUUGCGAAAACAUCCUCGAUGAUGCCUUCAUGAACACUGUUUCUUUUUCCAAUCGCGGCAGCAUUAUGUUGGGAGCUCAAGACGCCGCUGCCAUUGACGGCGCUAUCAAGCAGCACACCAUGUCAAUUGAUUCGCCCUCUUCUACCAACGCCGACACGCUCGCGACUGCAAACAAUGACGAGAGCGACUCGGGUCGCGCUACCCCAACUCCCACUCCCUCAAUUACUGCCCCUCGUUCCAUCACUCCUACUCCUACAACGCCAACGACCCCAAAGUCACAGACCCUUCCUCGACCCAGCGACGAGUCCAACGACAUGAAUAAUUCAGUGAAGGGGGCAGGCAAUGGUUCUCCCCAGGGCCUGAUGUCAACCCCUGACAUUCGUGUCUUGGCCGCCGACGUGGAGAAGGAAUCUCAAAAGGUGAGAUCGCUCUAUACUGUUGGCGAUGGUUCUCACGGUGAGCCUGGCAAGAGGCACUCGUACUGCGAGCGUCUUGAACCAACUCCCGAGGUCCCGUCUGAGGAGAAUGAACUUGACCCUGUUCCAAAUCACCUUUCUCCGGCCUGGCAAAUGCCCGCAUCUGGAAGUUCUUCUUCCCUGCUGUCUAGAGGCGGAGGACUCGAAGAUUGGGAUGACCUUGAAGGUGCUCAUGUUGACCGAUACGGCUUCAUCACAUUACCGCCACCGCCUGGUUCAAGAACGGGCACACCAACAGAGACGCGGUCAGCCUCGGGCUCCCCAAGAAAACGUAGCUUGUUACAAAAACGAGACCCUUAUAGUUUGACAUCCACUCUUAGUGGUAGUGGUCGACGGACUCCAACCAGGAAAGUUUCCGCAAGGUCGCUCAACACACAAACAUCCGAAUUAUCAAUAUCAACAUCGCUUCGCUCAUCUCGAUCAGUAAUACGGCAAGCCAGCAACUUGCUGCCCCACAAUCGCGACAGGCGGUGGAUGGACGAAGCAGGCGACAUGCUCAACGCAGCCCCCAGCCUCCAGGACAUCGUGGACGAGAUUCAAGCUGAGAAGUUGACAGAAGUUAUGAAGCGCAAGGAAUGGGAAAGGUCAGAAAAAUGGAGGAAAAUGGCUAAAGUUGUUCGUCGGGGCGGCGAGGGUGAGGGCAUGGAGUUUGAGUUCGACAUGAGAAACCCUAAGCUGAUUGAAAGGACAUGGAAAGGAAUACCUGACCGAUGGAGGGGGGCAGCUUGGUGGUCUUUUAUGGCCACCAGCGCGAGGGAACAUGAGGGAUCACCCUCCGAGGAGAGAAUCGUAGCCGAAUUCCAUCGGCUCCAGCGACGAAGCUCCCCAGAUGAUGUGCAGAUCGACUUGGACGUGCCCAGGACGAUCAGUCGCCAUAUUAUGUUUCGACGACGUUAUCGAGGUGGCCAGCGACUACUGUUCAGGGUUCUUCAUGCGAUAUCAAUCUACUAUCCUGAGACAGGUUAUGUUCAGGGCAUGGCUUCGCUCGCGGCAACACUGCUCUGCUACUUCGACGAAGAGAAGUGCUUUGUCAUGCUAGUGCGAAUGUGGCAUCUCCGUGGACUGGCUCGUCUAUACCGUCCAGGUUUUGAGGAACUCAUGGCAGCCAUGGGCGACUUCAGUAAGCACUGGCUUAAUAAGGAAGUAGCCAGUAAACUCGACGAGUUAUGUAUUGAUACUACUGCUUAUGGUACGCGCUGGUACCUGACGCUGUUUAACCUUUCCGUACCCUUUCCAGCCCAGCUGCGAAUCUGGGAUGUCUUCCUCCUAUUGGGUAAUGACACGUCUUUUAUGUACGAAUCACGAAAGUCCGAGACCAACACUCCUCAGACGGUGGAAUACGAUGUUUUGCACGCUACUAGUGCAGCAUUGGCUCAAGCCCUCCGAGAGGUCCUCUUGGGUGCGGAAUUCGAGAACGCCAUGAAGGCAUUGACAUCACCUAUCCCCGUCAAAGAUGAGGACUUUUUGAUGAAAGUGGUCAAGGCGGAAUACAAACAACACCACGGCAAGAAGAGGGCGUAGCAAGUCUUACUGCCAUGACUCAAGCCUAACGAGGGCAUUCUCCUUUGUCUUUUGGCCUGCUUUCUCUUUGUACAUGUGAAGCUGUAUCACGAUACCCUUCAAGGUGUUUUUCUGUUUUGCGUUGCGUUGCUGAUACCCCCUUCAUGCUUCGGCCUCUGAGGGACCACAUACCUAACCGAGGCCAUUCUUUUCUUUGUAUUGGUUCAUGAGAGCGUCAUGGAUUCAGAAAAAGGAUGGGAGUUUUUCCCUUUUGAUCGUUGAUAGCGUUUGCAGCCACGGAACCUAAUCUUAUAUACCCCUCCUGGCAUCACUAUGUUUUACUGUCUUGCUUCUGGGGUUGCUUUGACGAGGCUUGGGAAAAUACGGCGUGGAUUGCACUUUAAUGUACACGAGGAGGAUAAAGAGAUGGCAAAAGAUAUAGAACAAGGAGAGCCGAGAGAUAAAUCAAGGGUCGAGCGCUAAGUUAGGUUAUUAGCCUCGAAGUUAAUGUAUAACUAUGCAGUAUUAUUGUAACAGUACUUCGCCUCGCUUGUUUGGUCAGAUCCAUGUAACCCUCUCAGCGUUAGCUAACUAUGGCUUGAUCAGAUCAUGCUAUAUGUGACAGA